GGUGGCGGUGAAUCUUCCGCCCUGUUUUCGAAACUAGGCAGCUCACUUUUUGGGGCAACCAAUUCACCCCAAAAAGUUGUAACCAACAUCCGUGGAUUCCUAUCGAAUCGGCUGACCGGAGUUUCCAUUCCCGAUACAGGUUGCCAUCUUGGACUUGGAGACUGUGAAGGCAAAAAACUAAAGUGAAGGGACGCUUCUUCGCAAGACGCCACUGCCGCUCUAAUUCUCCACGAUCAGCAUCGCCAGCAGCAGCAUCAGAGAGCGCACGCACAUGGUCACCCACAACGAGAACGGCGUCAUCAGCAGCAACACCAUUAACAGCAACAACAACUGCAGCUGUACAAAUCUUCAAUAAUAACAAUCACCGAACGACGGAAUCGCCGAAUGAGACGCCGUUGAGGAACAGGCGGCGUUAUUGACGACGACGGCGGAGGCGACCCAGAACGAUGCCUUACUUGGAAAGGUGCAUCAACGUGAUACAACAACUUAUCGCCACCAGCUAGACCACCGAGGGUUUGCUGGUUGGCAUCCAAAAAAAAAAAACAAAAAAAACGCGAGAACCAUAUCUGCACGGGAAGAUAUCUUCAGUUUCAAAUUUGGGAAGGUUACAACUUUCGGCGGACUGAGAACUGAUAGUGAUCUCGAUCUAGAGAGUUAUUAAAAUACAAGCAUCAUCCGGUGGGGAAAAGAUCCGAAAAAAGCAAAAUGGCACCACUACCGAUUAUCAAUCUCGAACCGAGCGAGGUGAAGGAGAUCUUCUGGACCAAGGUGAAGGAACCAACUUCGCAGCGGAAGCUGAUUCUGGUGAUCGUUUCGAUUGCCCUGCUAUUGGAUAACAUGCUUUACAUGGUGAUCGUGCCGAUUAUCCCCGACUAUCUGCGGUAUAUAGGAACCUGGGGUCCGGAAGAGCCAGUCAAUGCGAGCGCCCCGACUACGGUUUUCACUCCACAUGCUCAUGUGCACCAUGGCGAAGACUCGGCCACCGGUGUUUUGUUUGCCUCGAAAGCCAUCGUCCAGCUGAUGGUGAAUCCGUUCUCUGGAGCCCUAAUUGAUCGCAUCGGAUAUGAUCUUCCCAUGAUGGUAGGGCUGAUAAUCAUGUUCUUCUCGACGAUGGUGUUCGCCUGUGGUCGGAGCUACAGCAUGCUGUUCUUCGCCCGAUCGCUACAGGGAGUAGGUUCAGCAUUUGCAGACACUUCCGGUUUAGCCAUGAUCGCCGACAGGUUCACAGAAGAAUCCGAACGAACAAAGGCUCUGGGUAUUGCCCUUGCAUUCAUUAGUUUCGGAUGUUUGGUGGCACCACCCUUCGGAGGAGCCCUCUACCAGUUUGCGGGCAAAGAAAUGCCAUUCAUCAUUCUGGCACUGGUUUCGUUAAUGGAUGGUUUUAUGCUACUGUUGGUGAUGAAACCUGUCAAGGAAGCAUUCGCUGAACGACAGGACACAAAACAAGACACCGUACCCAUUUGGAAAUUGCUUCUGGAUCCAUAUAUUGCUGUAUGCGCAGGUGCUCUCACGAUGUCGAACGUGGCUUUGGCUUUCCUGGAACCAACGAUUUCCCUGUGGAUGGAAGACAAUCUGACGAAUGAUAACUGGAAGAUUGGCAUGGUGUGGCUGCCAGCAUUCUUCCCGCACGUCUUUGGCGUGGUUAUAACUGUAAAAAUGGCCCGUUUAUAUCCCCACAAGCAAUGGUUAAUGGCUGCUGGAGGUCUCGCUCUAGAAGGACUGUGUUGCUUCAUCAUACCGUUCAGCCCGUCGUACAUUUUCCUGAUGUUACCCAUCUGUGGCAUUUGCUUCGGAAUCGCAUUGAUCGAUACUGCUCUGCUUCCCAUGCUUGGAUAUCUGGUAGAUAUUCGAUAUGUAUCCGUCUACGGUAGUAUCUACGCCAUCGCUGAUAUAUCUUACUCAAUCGCAUACGCAGUCGGUCCCAUCAUAGCAGGCGGUGUCGUUGAAGCAAUUGGAUUUACUGCUCUCAACUUCCUGAUUGCUUUCUCAAACUUGUUGUAUGCACCAGUACUAAGCUAUCUGCGCAACAUCUACGACUUCAAAACCUUUGAAAAUGAAGCAAACAUUCUGAUGGGUGAUCCGCCGACCAAGGAAUACCAAACGUAUGCCAUGCAGGACCAACAAGUCGUAGGAUCGGAAUACAAGAACCAUCUAGAUUAUGGCCGACAGCAGGACGACAGUGGAUAUCAGCAACAGCAAGACACCGACAUCGAUCAGGGAUACUCACAGAAUGGAAGCUACGAUCAACAGCAAUAUCAACAACAAGGCGGCUACCAAAACUAUCAACCUGGAUAUCAAGAACAAGGCGGAGUUUAUCAACAACAACAACAACAGCAGCAGCAGCAACAGUCGAGACAUCUUCCACAGCAGCCUCAGGUGGCUAAUCCAUUCCGACAACAGCAACAAGCGCAACCGCCGCCUCAACAGCAACAACAACAACAAGCACCAUCGCAGCCACGGAUCUCGAAUCCAUUUAGACAAGGGUUUUAAAAUGUUUGUGCUGUGCAACGAAACGUGUUUUGUUCAGUGUUUACACACUCGUAUGACCUGUUCCUUUCUGUUUACUGUUAUUGUUUCUUGUACAUGAAGUAGGAUAGGGCAAUGAAUGAAAGUGAAAAGGACUCAGUAUGUUCUAGAAACAGUUCUAAACUGAUGCAAGCAAGAGAAAAAAAAAAAGGUUACGUUAUGGCGAUUUAAAGAUCCCAGUUAAAUCCGUUGAGUAAGUUUAUGAAAUGGCGAAUACUGUAUGGCCACUAAGUGUUGAAAUUGCAAUUAUGUACAAGCUUCUCCUGUCAUCACAUUUGUAGCGUAGUUGAAUCGUACGAAGGCAGAAACGGCCAGACUAAAUAAAGCGUAUAACAGAGGUAUAGACGAAACUAUUUAAGGCGUAUUAUACAUAUAGCAAACACAACGCUGACAGAAAAAAACACUAGCCAGUAAGACCAUCUAGGUAAGAAGCCAUCGAAGCUGGUUCGCUUUUACUGAUCCACAUCGACAUCGUAGACAUAUCAAACCAAGUUUAAACGUUCUAUCUAGGUGUGGAGAGGUGGAGCUCAGGACAGCUUCCGUUGGCAUAUGAGUUGUUUGGAUUUGGUUUAGGUUGGUCCUUCGAACCGGCUUGGUGAGAAACCAUUUAUCAGGUCACUCUCUCUCAAGUGCUUUUCGAUGGGAUGCAACCACUCGUUAUUUUAACAUAAGACACAACCAAGGUAACGAUACAUAUCAGAGCUCCGGCUCGCCUGAAUUACCAAAGUGAUAUUAUAUAAAAAAUUACUUUUAGAGUUAAUCUAGUCAUACCGACAAGGCAUAUUGUAACUACAAACAUGUAUUUAGACUUAGGUAUACUUGUUGAAGCAGCGCUGCGGUCGCGAUCAGUGGUCGUUCGUUGGUUCGUAUCAAUCUAAGCUUAGGUCAAGCUUAUAUCAAUUAAGUACAGGAAACUUUCGGAAAACCAAACUACGAGAUUAUGAAAAUUAGAGUGAAGUUGACUCUACAGGACCUAUAAACAAUGUGUCUGAUUAUUGACUUUUUCCAUGAAUAAAAUGGAUUUAAACAGGGUGUAUAUUAUUUUCGGGGGCCUCACAAGAGUGUCCCUCUUGAAAAGUUUAUUUUUUCAAAUUCUACUAUGCCCUAAAUCAAAGGAAAAGAUUUAGAAAAAAAAUCGUCAUCUAAUUUUUCUUAUUAGAAAAUUAUUGUUCCCGUGAAAAUAUUCUAGUCUAUUUUUAUCAAAUCGAAUAAAAACUUUACCUGGUUGAUUAAUAUGGUCCUGUAGACUCAACUUCACGAGCGAAAUUCAAAGAAAAAAAAACAGUUUUCGUGCGUAGUUGUAUAUGUAUGUAAAUGCCUCUUUUUGACAGUGUUUGGUUCUAACAAUCGUUCGUCCGUUCGCUCGUUCUAUAUGAAACGGAAAAACAAAAAAAAACAAAAAUCUCUAAUGAUAUCAAUUAAAAUAGCUAUCUGCAGCGUCUUUGGCGAUAAAAAAAUCCAGUGCUCGCAUGCUUUUGACUAUGUGUGUUGUAUGUUUUCGAAUACGAUAUACUCUGGAAUUCCGAUAUUGUAUUCAUCUAAGUACAGAAGCAAAUAGUACUUUUUUCAUUGUAAUUUAAUCCGUUCUGUAGCAGUCUCAGUUAUCGAGCAUUUUAAAAUUAAGCACCAUAAAAAAACAAAAGACAGACUAAUUAUGUUUAUCAAUAGGGAAUCGAGAUUGAAGAACGACGAGACACCAAAUUCUAACAAAAUAUCACAGUCAUAUCAACUAUACAUACCAGUAGAAAAGUUAGCGAUCAGAUCCAGUAAAAAAAAUUAAACCGAUCCCAAAUUUUUAAAGGGAUGAAAUUAUUUACUUUGGCAAUUUGUACCGUGAUUCUACCGAUAUAUCUGAAAAUUCAUCGAUUUACAUUCUGAUUCUGCCAACUUCAGUUUGUAGAAUUUUUUAACAUUUACUUUUUUAACGUGUAGUUUUGUCAGACUUUUUUGAUUUGUAACACAGCAGUAUGGAAAAUAAAUCGAAAAAAGUUGCUUUAAAGCGGAUCAGAUUAGUCCAAUCUUUUGUAUAUAUCACGAUACAUUUCACCGUUCGCCGUUAAAGUAGAUCACUUGUGACAUUACAUUUACAAAAAAACAACUCAUAAAAAAAGUCGAAUAAUUUCACAUAAGCUCUUAAAGAAAGUUGUUUAAACUAUUUGAACUGAAUUUAUGAACGCUGUUAUAUUGUUGCAUAAGAGAAUGAAAAAGAAACAAUGCUAUGUAUAUAAGUAUAUGUAUAUUUAAAUUUUGUUUUAGUACAACAAACGCUUUACACGGCGUAGUUAAGUUACUGUAAAAAUAAAAUCGUCCCUUCGUAUCAAUUCAAUUCAAACAAAUCCAAAUAUAAUGACAAAGAAAAAUCAAACAUGACUCGGGAGCGUAACUAAAAUCCGAAAUUGUGAGAUAAGGAAUCGGAUAAGAAUGUAUCCAAUAGAAGAAUCGCACAAAAAGGAUCCCACAAUCGGUCAUAUGUAGUAUAAUGCAUCCGCAGUCAUGGAAAGUAAAAAAAAAACAAGCUAAAUUUAGAUAGAACAACAACCCCAAACACAAAAAUGUUGACAUGGGGACAACAAAUCAAACAUGGUAGAAAACGAACAGAGAAAUUAACUAAAUGAAAGCAAUAAUAAGAAACUGUAUUCUUACUGAAAACAAAAAUGAGACAAAUUAUGAAAUCCAAAAUUUGUAAGCACCAUCAACGAUAUUAAAGAGUAAAAUCGAAUUAUCAAAGAGAAAAUAAACACACAGCAAAGCAUUAGAAAGUAUGUUUUGUUAAUUUCUGAAACAUUUUUUUUUUUCAUCGAACUUAUGAAAGGUGUAAGAAAAACAAAGUAGACGUUUUUUUCCAAAUCAGGUAUUUUUUUUUUAAAUCAUAGCAGGCAUUGAUCAUCAUGAUAAGAGAUAAAUCAUCUGCCCGGAUGGCAACAACAAUCAUCUUGACGCGAGAGUAAGUUAACCUACUGCAGUUACCGAAAUUGUUGGGUCUAAUAACUCCAAUUUAAAAUUUUAGAAAUAAUUUAAUUCUGCAUGAUUAAAGUUUUCAAUGCAUUUUUGACAUUAUUUCUCAGAAUCAGGUUACAUACAAAAUUUCUUGAAAUUUUGUUCGUAUGGUAGUUUGAAAAAUUGUAUAUUUUCAAGUGAUUUCAGUACUACGCUGAUUUAUUGAAUACACUAAAUAUUCCACCAUUUUAAAGAAAGCAUUAUUAAUGCUUUGAAGAAAAAACAAAAAGAAAACGAUUGUAUAAAUGUACUGUUGAAUGUGUUGUAUUGCGAAUUUUCCAAACAUGUAGGUGAAAAUUGUAACACUGAACUUAGAAAAAAAACGCUAUUCAAAUUUAACUUACGAGUAGAUGUAGAAAAAAUAAAACGACACUUGUUAGUAUGCAAUUCAAUUCUAGACUGUAAGCGAACAUUCAAACACUAUAAAUAGAAUCAUGUAGGUAAACAUUCAUUCGUCAUUCGAAUUCCAUCAAACACGUUUGCAGGAAAAUAAUUUUCGCGUUAGAUUCCAUUCCGUUCCCACAAACUAAAAUAAUAAAUUCCUGAACUAAUGAUCAAAGAAGCAUGACACAACUAAAAAUACUUAUACGCAUAUUGAUGCCCCUUAAACUGUGCUACAACGUCCACGUCUACACUGAAUCGUAUGAUAAAGUCUCAUUCCUCUCACUCACUAACACUCUCCCUCACACACAUGUUUUCAAAACUCUAACGUUAUGAUGCAACUAACUUACUAUAUACCUAUCUAAUCUGACGUUAAAUUAUUCCCUAACUGUGAAAUCUAAAUGAACAUUUAAUCAAAAAUUGACCUACAAUGUUUUAUUUUCCCGUUGAGAAUAAAUUAAUUUUAUCGUUUUUCAAAUUCUCUCAUUAAUUGAACAAAAUAAGGUUAGCUAAGGAAUUAAUAUUUUAUAGGUACUUUAUUUUAUACAUAGGAAUAUCCGUUUAUGUUUACUUUUCCUUUCUUCUCAAUAUGAAUGUUCACAAUUGUAACCCGAAAUACCGCUAGCAAUAACUUAGUUCCCAAAUCCAAUGUGUACAUAUAGAUUUGCUGAAAAAAAAAACAAAAUCUACUACUUAAGGUGCCGGCCCGUGUAAUAUUAUUGAAAACACUGAAAAAAAAUUACUGGUAUAACGUGUAGAUUAUAACUGUGUUAAUCAUAGUAAGCGUACUGAUCAUUUUGUUAAGUAAAACGAGCGUCUAUAGAAUAUGUUAGAUGAUUUUUUCUUUCAAAUCAAUCUAGUUAACACAUGUUGCUAUCAUUUUACUGGGCCAACUCGAAUUAAAAACUGAUGGCGCUGAACAACGGAAAUAAGCAAACAUGUUCAGCUUCGUUCAUACUCGGCAACUUAAACUGCGAUUUCGGUAGAUGAGACUUACUUAUGUUUACAUUUUGGUUGCUGAAAGUCUCCCAAACUUGUCGGGAGACUUGCGACAUGCAUCUCUUCGUCUAGUUCAAAAUGUAAACGUAAACCAAUCUCAGAAACCGAAAUCGCAGUUCAAUUGUUCAAGUUGCCAAGUGUGGACGAGGCUUUAACUUCGUUUCGAGACUCCGAAAUUCCGACGGCUGCCAUGCCAGUUUCAAUUAUACGAACGAAAUGUUAUGAACUUAGUUGCAAUUAUAUUUGGGAAUAAAUAAUGAUUUUGAACCGAAAAAGCUUUAAAUACUAUUUCUGAAUUCGCUGAUGACUGCUGGCAUAAAUGAAAAACAAAAAAAAUAAGAUAAAACUUGUACAUGCUCUUAUUUACCACAAUGAAUAAAGAAACAUUAACUCAACAAUGGUAUCCCACCCUUGCUCCCAACUCAUUGCAAUUAAACAUCCGAAGAAAUGGAUAAACAAACAACACAUAAUCACAUGAAUAUAUAUUUUAACCAUCACAUUGAGCAGGAAAGCACAUUAGAACUCAAAUGGAACUUAUAUUUAAUAGAAAGAUAAAUUAUCAAAAAAAAUUAUAUACAAAAACUACAAUCGCAGGCAAAAACUAUAAAUCAUCAGAGGGUAUUAUUCUACUAGUUAUGUUUCACCUCUACACAAUAGACAGAAACAACACAGUGAAACAUGCUGAAAGUGAAGUAAAAAAAAGUAUCAUACUAUAUAUCAUAGAAUAAAUAAAAAAAAUCAGCUGUUCCCUCAUAACGGAUCGAAUGAAUAAAACGAGUAAACUUUACAUGAAUGAACAGAAAAAUAACAAAAAGGAAAAAAAACAAACAGUUAUAGUUGUAUUAAUAACGUAUUAUCCCUAUUGAAACGAAUAAGACAAAGUAUUAAAGUGAAACAAGCAUAAAACAAACAAACAAAAAAAGUCCCAUUGAUUGGUGGAAAAGCUGUUUGCGAUAAUCGAAAAACGGAAGGCGAGCGAAGAGAGCGAACCACUCACGUAUCGUGGAGAAAGACAUUUACAUGUUAGCAAAAAGCAGGAAGCAGAAGGUAUGAAACGAAACGGCAUUACAGGCUGAUAUGAAAUGAACAAUGUUGAAAUAUAUAGACGAAUAAAGGUUUAGUUCAACACAUC